AGUUCGCCGGGCGACGGCAGAGGGGGACGACCGUUGCGGACGCACAGAGGCAGGCGUCAGCAGACAGCCCAGUGCACUGCUGAAGCUCCUCCAGGUCCAGCACACCGCACCGCCACUGCUGCAGCCACCCAGCGUGCCCAGUUCAGGACCGCCACCAGCUCGCUUUCCGAGCAGGUCCAAGGCAGGCUCCGGGUCGACCCCAGCGCAGCCCAGCGCAGCGCCGACCCGUCCAGGCCGUGGCCCGGCGCUUCCUACCGGCUCUCUAGAAAAAGCGUCCAGCUCAGCCGGAGGGGUAGAGCGCGGGGGCCAUGGACGCCCCUCCUGGGGACGGCGGGGGCACGACGCCCCCCGCCCAGGACGGGCCGCCCCCCGGGCAGGACGGGGCCCCGCCCCCCGACGAGGCCGCUGCUGCUGCAGAUGCUGGCGCCGAAGCCCCCACCGCCGUCGCGCCGGCCGCCUCCGAGGAGGACCAGGCGCCGCCCGUCGUCCCGGCCAACGUCGGCGCACAUCCGCCGCCGUCGCCGCUCUCCGGCGGCUACCUGCUCAUCAUCAUCGGCGAGCCGCACUCGGCCGAGCACCGCGACCUCAUCCUGCAGCGUGUCGCAAAAGGCUUUCUAUCAUGGGAUUCAUCCGAGUGUCAUGUAGAUUUGGAAAAGGAGCUAUCAACAUUGAGCAGCCUUGCACCAAAAGGCGAAGAAUCUAGAAAUGGAGAACGUUUAGUUCAAUACGCAUCUGAGAGCCUUGUUACGGAAGUGCUCGUUCACCCACAAGUAAACACACUCUUGCAAUGUGUUCGAAAUUUGCUUUCAAGUUUCACGAGGCAUCGACACAUCCUUCACGCUGGUUAUACAUUUGCAGGCACGGGAUCUUGGAUUUUACAGGAUGGAACAUUCUCCUACGCUGAUCUUUCCGAGCUCUUUCACGAACCAGAUGUGCAGCGCGUCUUACGCGCAUACGAAAACAGUGUAUCUGUGGACGUGCACUGUUGUGCCGAAGGCCCAUGGCGUGAUGCGUCUGCUUCGGCGCAGCCGUUUUCACGGUACUGCAAAGUACGCGUGAACCCACCGGAUGUACUUACUGCUGGAAGUUCCGCUAUUACUAGCUUUAUAGAUUAUGUUAGUGAAUUCGUGGAGCCUGCAGCCCUAGAAUCUUUGCUAGAACCAAGUGACGUGGUUGGCAAUAUUCGCUUCAGUCAUCCGACCCUGUAUGUUUUCCCUGGUGGACAAGGGGAUGCUGCACUCUUUGGUAUUAAUGGAUUCAACAUGCUGGUCGAUGGAGGAUUUGGCAGAAAAUCGUGCUUUUGGGACUUCGCUCGCCACCUCGAUAGACUGGAUGCUGUCCUACUUACCCGUUUGAACAACGCGAACGCUCACGGACUCGCAUCCCUGCUUCGAAGAAAGCGGAAUGCACACGUCUAUCCCCAGAUCGGACAUUUCUUUUGUAAUUUACAGGAUCGGAAGGUUGUGACAUCGCCGGACGGAGACAAGGACAGGGACAAUCUACUUGUCAGCUUAGUUGAAGAGGGCCAAGAGAUGGUUCUCAACUUGAGAGAGCUGCACCUGAAGCCAUCGCCAUGCUACCGCGACUCAGUGGUAGAACCUGUCAACCUAUACCACAAGGUUGGGCACGGGAAACUAGAUAUGUACGUAGUGAGUCCUGCUCGCGAUUCAAGAGAAGUAAAAGAAUUCUUGGCCAGAUGGGCAGCCAAUGAUGCAAAGCUAUUUGCCAGCCACCUUAAAAAAGAUGCACGAGAUUUCCAGUUUCCAUUGCAAAAUAUGGUCUCAAUAUGUGCCCUUCUUGUGUGGCAACCCGCUAAUCCCCAGGACACCAUAACAAGGAUUCUCUUUCCAGGAAGCACACCUCAAGUAAAGAUUUUUGAAGGGUUAGAUAAAAUUCGUCAUUUGGAGUAUUUAAAGCAUCCAAGGUGCACAGCAAAAUCUCUCUCUCCGUCACCAUCUAUUGUUAGCUUAAGUGCCAAAACACAAGCUAGAAAGUACACCCCUACUGUACUAGACAAAAUAACGCCAGGGGAACAACAAAAAACCUAUACGCGGACCGUGCCAACAUCAGAAACAAACAAACACCAUGUUCUCAAAGCGGCUACAAUUCCGAUUGCCGGUGGAGUUCCUGAUACUAAGGUUUACCGGACAACAACUACUUCAACCUUAAACACUAAAAGCCAACUCAUAACAAAAAAAGUUGAAAAGAGCAAAACUGAAUCAGAGAAGCAAGAAAAAGAUUCUGUUUCUUCGGAGAAAAAACUUGAAGACCUUCAAAAUAAUAAAGAAGAAAAGAUGAAGGAAUCUCUUCGUGCCCGCUCCAAACCCCGCCAAUCGUCGCAUUCCAAGGAAAGAAAAGUGCUCAAAGCUCAAACAAACGAGAAGAAAGAUGCCGGAAAGAAGGAAAAAAAAGAAGAAAGGACUUCUCCUACGACCCCGAAGAGAAUUCUAGAUGGUAAAGUUAACGGUGCUUCCACCCGGUCGGAAAGCACUACUCGGGUGUCAAAUAGGUCAAGCAGUAAGACUCGUCGAUCACCCUCUGGAACUCCAGCAAAGAGUGCCAAAGAAGCAAACAAUAGGAAAGUUGCUGAAUCCAAAGUCCAAACGUCUAGGGCAGUUUCGCUUUCCCGGACUGGUACGUCUAAAACGUCAAAGAGAGAGGAGAUCGUUGAAUCGACAGGAAAGGUAAAGCAAGUGGACAAACCGAUCAGCAAACGGACAAAGCCAGCUUCUCCUAGUAAGACGAUCAAACUGCUAGGAUCUCCGGCAAAAGCACAGCCAAAAGCAACCGGAGUCAAAACCACACUUCGGAAAUCAAGAGCGAACGACAAGGAUGCAGGUGUUAAGAAAGGAGAACCUCAAUAUGGAGAUAAGGAAAAGAUAAUUUCAGUAGUCUCCGACAAAGGUGACGGCGUCGCGGACAAUGCCCAAGAAGAGAAAACGUUUGCAAAUGAGGAUGUGAAGAACGUUAUAGUUGAGAUCGUAGACACUAAUGUUACCGAGGAAGGCAAACAAGGUCUCCCUGUGGACGAAAGUGCUUCUGUACCUCCUCAAUCAGCUGCAAGUGAGGAGGACGAGAAAAAAUCUGAAGGGGAAAUACGGUCUAUAGAGGGAGAAGAAGAAGAGGAAGAUGAAUAUCUCGUAAUUGAAAAGGAGGAGCCAUAUACCGAAGAGUCAUUCCAAGACCAGUUGAGCGCCGAGUCUCAUGCGCCGGUAGCAAUGGAUGACCGCGGUGUGUCCGAUGAUGAUGGUGAAGAUGAGAAGUUAAAACGUGAUACGCAAGAAUCGGAAAAAAUAAAAGAGGUGGAAAAGCCGCGCAAAAAGUCCGAACCAAAGCUUACAAUGCAGUUGACUGAUAAAGAGCAUGCUGAGCAAAUAGCUAAGAGUAGUACUGAGCAGGUACAGGCCGCUGAAAGAAAAUUGAGUUUGAAGCCUGCCAGUGUGCUUAGCGAGGCUCUUAUAAGCCCUGGGGACAAGGAAAAGUUAUUUGAAGAAGUACAAGGUAUUAUAACGUCCGCUACAGAACUAGUGUCGAAAAAAGAAGAAAAGGCAUCGCCAGUAGAGGAUGGAUUAAAGAACGCCGACGAAUCAAAAUCAGAAGAAAAGCUAAACGAUCGAGUUGAAGAUGACGUAAAAGUCACAGAUGGAAAACAAUUUUCCAGUGAGCAGAAGGAAGAGAGCCAACCGGAUGAAAAAAUGUCCACGACAGUUGAGUCUGGGGCAACCACAGCACCAACCCUGCCUGAAGAUGAACGCAUACCUCUUGAUGAUAUAAAAGAGGUUGUCGAAGAGAAACACAUUCUUGAAGAGACGAAAGAGAAAGAAUGUGAACAGCCCCAGGCUGAUGAGCCCCUUCCAGAAAUGGGCCAGUCAGCUAGGCCAGGUCAUUUUAAUAUUCAAGGAGCAGUUUGCACUCUGCACCGGGACAUAAUCAAAACACCCGAUGAGGUAGCAGAUCUUCCAGUUGAUGAAGAGUAUGAUCCUUCGAUGUACUCUAAGGAAGAAAUUCUGAAAAGCCCUUGUGAAGAUGCUCCCCGAAAACAUUCCACCUCAGGUAUAGGUGAAACUGGGGCUGCGAAAGUAGCUGAUGAUAAAGUUGUUCCCGUCGACAUUGUCAAGCAGGAAAUUGAUGAACUCGAGCAUAUCAAAGAAAUGCGUGAGAUGCUUGAAGACGCGGCUGGGAAUGCUCCUUUUGCCACGGCUGACAAACAAACAUCAUUGCCAGAGGUUGUGGGGACUGGAAAUGAUCAAGUAAAGAGUAAUCAUGAAAAUUACCAAGGUAAAGAAAACCGCGAUGAGCAGGAAAAAGAUGUUGACACUAAAGAAGUUUGCGAGAAGUCUGCGUCUGAAUCCCCAUCAGAGGUCAAAAAAGUAUCCACGUCGGAGCUCAAAGUCGAAGAAAGGAGUGACAUUUGUGUCAGCUUGGAAGAGCUGCGAAUUCUUGGUCAUGAGGUCGCAGAUUUAAAACCACCUGAAACUAAAAGGGUCGAUGCAAAAUAUUCUGAUAUUGAACCACGCAAUCUUGUGGAACCAGACGUCCCAAUCAAAGAAAUUGGAGGAAAGCCCGUUACGAUAUCUAUUUUACAUGUGGGAGAAUCCCUUGCAAGUGAAAUAAGUGCGGUUGAGAAAGAUAGUUCUGGAAUUGCUGUUAUGGGCAUUCCUGAACCCCUAGAGGCUGUACAAGAAGACGUCUACUUGGAAUCAAGCGUAGAGGAAGAACCAAUUUAUGGUAAAACAGAUGCACUUACUCACCCUGAAUACGUUACAGUGACCCCAGAUUCAUCUCCAGAGGGUCCGAAAUCACCAUCAGAGAAGCGCCACUCUGUUUCCACAAAAGGCAGCCGUAAAUCAAGUAGUGCCGGCAAAGAAACUGACAUCAAACCUGUAUCAGACACAGAAAACGAGCGAGAAGUGAUAAGACGAGAAAGUAUUCCUGAAUCUACAGUAAUUGAGCCUUCUAGUCAUUCGAAAGUUGACAGCAGAAGAUCUAGCGGUAUAGAUCAAAGUAAAUGUGCUGCAGAUGAUGAGGGGAAUGCUGUUCUUUUGCCAACAACCAAUGUAGAAGAAAAGUCUAGCGUAGCGGACAAAGAAGGUGCUCAGUUGGGCGUUGGCGAUCGAGAAGUUAGUUCGAUGGUUCAAGACACGGAUGAACUUGUUUCGUCAAAACCAACGAGCAGGAAACCCAGCACCGCUAUGAAAGAUGAGAGUGUGCACACACCUAACAAUCAAUCCCAUGGGGAUGAACGUUUUGAAGCGCAGAAAGAAUCAAGUUUUAAGACCAAUGUCGAUAAUUUUCACGGUGAGAUAAAGAAGUCUGAGGAUUUGGACAUUGAUCCCUCUGCUAGCGUCGAACAUGUCACGACGUUUGCCGAGCCUGAGUGCCUUGAAGGAGGCAAAACCGAAACCGAAAAGAACAGUGAGACUGUAACUGAUGACUCUACCGUUCUGGAAAAAGUCAAAUCAAUGAGUGAGAAACCAAAUGAGACGAAAUCGGCUGAAAAAUUGAAUGAGUAUUCCUCUGUUUUGCAAAGCCCUGACACUGAUCUCGGAAAAACUUUAACUUCAGCCGCUCCUACGGUUUCAAAAGGAGAUAAAGUUGAGGAUAUUGUCAAAGAAUUGAAAGAAGAAACGCCCGAGGAGAGGAAUGAAGGGAAAAGUAUUGCGGAAAACGAUUGCCGGUCAACGACCAAAUCUCAAGAUGUACCCUGCGCGAAAGGAAUAACACCAACAUCUUUAGGUCCACCCGACACUAAGUCCGGAACAACUCCCGAUUCACCCCUCACGCCUGCUUCUUCACAGACUGGAAAAGACGACAUCGAAAUAUGUCUAUCGUCACAACCCACGAAAAAAGAUAUUAGUGAUUCCCAAGCCACACCACAGGUAGAUUCAAGCAUAAGUACACCCGUGGCGCCAGGAAAUGUCCCUGACCCUGUUUUGGAUGCUAGUGAGACGUUACCUCAAAAGACCAUAUGUGACGUGACCACUAAACUGCAGGAGGGUUCUACUUCUCUCCAGGCAGAUGCUUCAACAAUUAAGAGCACUAUAGAGGCAGAAUGUACACAGAGUGCAACCACCUCGCCAACAAAGAGUGCGACCCCAAGUGCAGACGUCACAUCACGACCUUCUUCAGCAGCAUCUAAUAAAAGUUCAACCAUGGAAACUGAUAUAUCCUCUGUUGUAGUCGGCUCAGCUCAGAGUCUUAGUUCGUCACCAACAAAAAGUGGAACUCCAAGCGCUGACGCCACAUCUCGACCCACUUCAUCGGCAUCAAAUAAGAGUGCAACGAUAGAAACCGAUGUAUCCCCUGCUGUAGUGGAUUCAGCUCAGAAAUUGACGACUUCACCAACAAAGAGUGGGACCCCAAGUGUUGACGUUACAUCUCGACCUAAUUCAGCGGCAUCCAAUAGGAGUACAACAAUGGAAGUUGAUUUAUCCUCUGCUGUAGCAGACUCAGCGCAUAGUUUGACCACAUCGCCAACCAAAAGUGCGACCCCAGGUGCUGAUGUCACAUCUCGACCUACUUCAUCAGCAUCAAAUAAGAGUUCAACAAUGGAUGUUGAUGUACGCUCUGCUGUAGCAGACUCUGCUCACAGUUUGACCACAUCGCCAACCAAGAGUGCAACCCCGAGUGCUGAUGCCACAUCUCGACCUACUUCAUCAGCAUCAAAUAAGAGUGCAACUAUGGAAACUGAUAUAUCCCCCGCUGUAGCUGACUCAGCCCCGAGCCCAACCACCUCCCCAACAAAAAAUGCAACUCCGAGUGCAGACAUCACAUCUCGCCCUACUUCAGCGGCAUCAAAUAAGAGUACAACUAUGGAAACUGAUAUAUCCCCCGCUGUAGCUGACUCAACUCAAAGUUUGAGCACUUCACCAACAAAGAUUGCGACCCCAAGUGCUGACGUCACAUCUCGACCUGCUUCUGCAGCAUCAGAUAAGAGUGUGACGGUAGAAACUGAAGUAUCCGCCAAUGUGGUAGACGCGACACAAAGUCUGGCUGCGUCACCAACAAAGAGUGCGACCUCGUCUUUUGGAGUUACAUCACGGCCUGAUUCAGCAGCAUCACACAAGAGUGCAACGGUGGAUACUGAGGUAGCGUCUGCAGCAGCUGACGGAAUCCAGAGUCUUACGACGUCACCAACUAAAGGUACGACCCCAUGCUCUGAGGUCACGUCUCGACCUACUUCAGCGGCAUCAAAUAAGAGUAUAACAUUGGAAACUGAUAUACCCUCUGCCGUGGUAGGCACAGCUCACAGUCUGACCACGUCACCAACAAACAGUCCGUCCCUACAUGCUGACGUCACCUCGCGACCAACUUCAGCAGCAUCAAAUAAGAGCGCAACCAUAGAAACUGAGAUAUCCUCAGCUGUAGGAGACUCAGGUUGCAGCGUGACCACGUCGCCAACCAAAAUUGCGACACCAAAUGCUGACGUCACAUCUCGACCUGCUUCGGUGGCAUCAAAUACGAGUGCAACGAUAGAAACUGACAUAUCCCCUGCUGUAAUAGACUCAGCCCACAGUCUGACAACGUCGCCUACAAAAAGUGCGACUCUAAGCGGCGAACCCACAUCUCGACCUACUUCAGCAGGAUCAACCAAAAGUGCAAUGUCAGAAUCUGAGCCCCUUCCUGCUUUGGCAGGCGGAACGCAGAGCCUGACCAUCUCACCAACGAAACAUGUGACUCCAAGUGCUGAAGUCAUAUCUCGUCAUGCCUCUCCGGCAACCGAAAUAUGUGUGACAGAAUUACAGGUGACCACUGACCAAGCAAAGGCAGAGACUCGCGCCGAUUCUAUUUCGUCAUCACAGAUGUCAGAGCCUGUCGAUGGAUCCCUUGCGACAUCAAAUAUUUCACAUGAAUCAGUAGCUCUAGUACCUAAUAAGACAGACCUGUCUGUGUCUACUGAGAAAACAUUUGAGUGUUCCACUGAAACUACUUCGUCACCUUCUGCCCAAUCACCAAGCACCCUUUCUAAAACAAGUCAGCAUUUUACCCCAGAGAGGGUUCUUUCACCAGUAACCUCGCUGGAGGGCAAAGGAGAGGUAACGUGUGCCGGAUCACCUCCUCUCGUGCAAGAAACUAAAACUACGAAUGUAUCGCCCCCUGCUAGCCCCCCAAGUAAGACUGUUUCACCGCUGUCACCAGAUUUAAAGAUGUCUCCAGAAAACGCUCCAAGUCUUGCGGCCUUGUCUGGACAUCAAUCCCCACCAUCAGGUCCCUCGGGUGAAGAAGGAAAAAGUGGGGUUGUUAUAAACAGAGACUUAAUGGUCUCUGAACAUACUGUGGAGCCAGAUGCGCCUUCCUCUUCUCUUCCGGAAUCACUGACAACAAAAUCAGACGCCCCGUUGCAAACUGUUGGUUCCGUUUCCGUAUCGCCCGAGCCAUCCCUAAAUAUAAGCCAUGAAUUAGAAUACGGCAAAACACGGAACGACGAAAACGUUACUAAGUCGGCUGAAGUCUCUCGGAAGAGCUCUGUUGUGGGUGGUCAAGACGUCUCACUUAUUUUACAGGACACGGAAGACCUCUUGGCGAUUGAAAAUGUAUUGCAUCGCAAUGUUAUUGAGAAAGAAACAGCGGAAUCAUCUAAAUUAAAGAAAGAAGCGGAAGACACCGAGAAGGCAGUUGUACAUUCUAGUAUCGAUAGAUGCGAAACUGACAAUAUGGAUGAUUUGAUUGAAGGUACCGAGUUUAGCAUUGAGCUAGGGAAUGCAAGACAAGCAGAUCUUAUGGUUGACACUUCUGUGUCAUCUUUGGAAGAAGAACGCCGCAGUGGUGCAACUACGCCCUCUAUCCUCGUAACAGGAUGCAAGACACUUGCUCGUCAAAGCCAACCAAGUGAAUCAGACUCUGAAAUGCCUGAAGAAGAUUCACAUAAAAGACAAGAUGAUAAUGUGUUCGAGUCAAGUAGUCCCAUAACAAACAGUCCCGCCAAACCCAAAAUCGUCGCGACCUCAAAAGAGAGUGAGGCAAAGCAUUCAGGUGAAGAGGAAACCUCUGUUGCCCAAACUGUUGACCAGAAGGUCGCUGGAGACACCCAGACUUCUAGUAUAGACAAGGGAAUUCUGACUUCAACUCAAGAAUUUUUGAUAACGGAGACCGAGAGGCAUACAGACACAAAUAUUGUAUGUUCAGGGGCGGUUUUAGUGAGCAAUUCCUCUGAGAAUGUACCAAAGCAACCCAAAUCUGCAGAUAGCCAUGGAAUUUCAGACGCUGUCGGCAUCUCAUCGACAGUCUUUACUGAAAUUGCGGCUGUCGAGAAGGCAGAGGCUGCUACGAGCCCAAUGACCCCACUUGAACCUGGAAACAAGACAGAAACUGGCGCUGAUAGUUUUGUAAAAGAAGCAACCAAGUCCUUUAUUUCAUCUGAAAAAUCGGUUUCUGGUGGCGCUAAAGAAUUAUGCGUUAUGAGUACGGAUAGCUCCCGUACUGAAUCUACCGAAAGUAAAACAUCCAUAGAGCCAGAGGCAAAAAGCAGUUUUAUAGGCGUUACGUCCGCGACAAGUAAUGUGUCGAUUGUGCAGCAAGAUAGUAUUAAAAAAGUAUCGAGCGACGAACAUGCUGCAUUAACGAUUUCUCGUGAUGGUGGUUCAGACCUGGGUCAUCAAGAAACCGAAGAGGAACGCAAGACUGAGUUUGAACAUGAAUCAGAAGAACCUGAAUUUACUUUGGUUUCCAAAAGUGUGCACGAAGAAUACAUAAAUGUUCCUGCAAACGAAAACGACGGUGAUUGCAAAAAACUUGCAGCUACAACCACAGUUUCAACAUUCACUGCAAAAGAUGUCAGUGAUUCCCCAAAACAUGGUGACAUUACCAAGACAGUCACAACAGUUACAAAAGUUACAAAAAGUGGUGAUGGUGCUGACUCUGUUGAAACGACAACAACUGAAGAAGUGCAGUCAGAGGGAAAAAUUACAUCAGUUACUACAAAAACAGAAAGUUCCCCACUCCAUAAAAGGUCAGCCACCGAACCAGAGGACUCUCUAACCGUAACUUCUGCCUUUGAUUCAUCAAGUUCGGUAAACCGGUCACUUAUUGACGAAGGAAGUGACACGUCUGGAGCGAAGACUGAGGCUGGCCUACUUCUGCAGUCUGCCGUAGUUAAUGUUGUUGAUGGAGUUGCUUCAGUUGCAAAACAGGCCACUGAUGGGUUUGAGGAUGCAAUGGCCGCUGGUUUAAGUCUUUUGACCUCUGUCGUUGGCGUGAGGAAGGACUCCCUUGAAGCAACGCGCAGUUGCACCCCAGGCUCCGAUGUGGAAAUUGAGCCAUCAACUCCGCGGAGUGAUGUCAGUAGCGGACAAGUGUCGCGGGCACCUACUGACUACCGCCUUGAAAGUGAAGAUGAAGAUGGAGUGGGGUCUCCAACUAGUUUAACUUCUCAAUUAACACAUUCGCCCCCUCCCCCACACUUUGAUUUUGAUAUCGGCGAUCCCCAUAGAACGAUUGCAGGUGGACUCGCAGGAAUUCGUGAUGAUCAAUACAUGCUUGAAUCUCGCACGUCCACAAGUCAAGUGCGCAGACAGACAAUUGCAGACCCAAUGACGACUUCUAUGUAUAGUGUAUUUUCUAAUGAGCCACUUGCUGAAUCAUCUGAACGGCAAACGGAUCAAAAGCUCGAUCAGUCGAGUUACAUGCAACUGUCGGAAGUAAUCGAAGAAGCUAGUAAGUCAACUUCUGAAUAUCAAUCUGGUGACAUUAUGAGCACCAGUGUGGUCAGUAGUCUUACAUCUGACAGAGCAAGUUUUGACCAGGCAGUCGAGGAGCACAGAGCAGCAAGAGGUUCGGACUUGACGCGCAGUACAGAAAAUAUCCACACUUUGCACGAAGAAAAGCCUGACGCUUCAUCCGCAAAUGUAUUUAAGUCAGUAGUACUCUCUGAAGGGCCUGGAACUAGUUUGCAAGCUCCAGUUGAAGGAAUGCCACCGGGCUCAGGUAAAGAACCGCAGGGUGCAAGAGUUUCUGAUUUGGCGUCUCUACCGACGAUUCCUAAAGAUCCCAUAGAAGAUUGGGGGAAACCAUUGGGAUUACCCUCGCCUGCACCCCCGCCAUCAAAUACAACCGAGGAAUCAGCACCCUCCCCUAAAGGAACGCCACAAAAGGAUAAACUAGGUAGCAGGAAAGCAGUUUCUGACAACAAAAGGCGGCCCGAAUCGCCACGCAAAAGUCAUAGAAUAAGCAAAGGAAAUCCCAUUUAUAUUGACCUGACUUACGUCCCACACCAUGGCAAUUCGUAUUACGCAUCUCUGGAAUUCUUUAAACGCGUAAGGGCUCGCUACUACGUGUUUAGUGGAAUUGAGCCUAGUAGAGACGUAUACAAUGCCCUGCUUGAGGCCAAGCAGUCUUGGGAAGACAAAGAUUUAGAAGUCACAAUAAUUCCAACAUAUGAUACCGACACUCUUGGAUAUUGGGUUGCUGAGAACGAAGAUGCUUUAGCAAAGUACAAAAUCGACCUUUCACCGUCAGCUUCAAGGUGCACAAUCAACUUGCAAGACCAUGAAACUAGUUGCUCUGCAUACCGGUUGGAAUUCUAAAGAGGGUAGUUUAUGUGGUUACCUCCUGACUAUAGGUAACUGGUGCUAAUAUAGAAGUAGCCAUUUAUAUGCGAUUGUUUUAUUUUGUGUUCUUUCGGAUUGUUUAGUGAAAUGCACAAUUUUGUAUUACUUCCUUACUUUCAGUCAACCAACAGUUGUUGAAAGUUGAUUGAAAAAUUAAGCAGAGGAGCUGGCUGAUUCAUUGGGAAAACUAUUUACAGAUUGAAAUAGCUUCAAAACAGCCCCAAAAAGACGUGUCAUAAUAUUGGGAGAAAUAUUUUUGAACGCGUUUUAUCGUUCGAAUAUCAUGCCUGUUUCAUGAAAAUUUCCUGAACAACGCUACAGCCAACUUAAGUGGUUUACUUUUACCAAAAGCAGGUGUCUGUCUAGUAAUUACAGAACGUGUCAAUGUUUGGACAACGCAAAAAUUGCAAAUUUCAAUAAUACUACACAUGUUAAGCUUUUGAGUAAAAAUAUUGCGCAAUGCUUUUGAUCUCACAGACCCGUCCUUAUUCUACUUGUCCGUAAAAGCUAAUGACUGAUGUUAAAUCAAACCGCCUUGUUUGCUUCCGAGCCAAUUGAAUUGACAUCCUUCCUCCGUAGGGACCACGUGGUCAAAAUGUUACAUACAAGUAAUUUGACAAUUUGGGAAGUUCUCAAUAUUAUUCCAAAUUAAAAACAAGUUUUCUAGACCAAAAUCACAAGAGUUGGGUCAAGGACAAGGAUUUGGUUGUAGUAUACACAUUUUGUAUUGUACGGUGGAAGGAUGCAUUUUCUGUACUUCAUAACCAGCUCCUCCUGUGUGGGUUGUAUCACCCACACCACGCCGACUUGAAAACGCUGUUCAGUCUUUGCACUUGUUCCAGAUUAUUUCGAAAGUCAUCGACAAGUACAAUGCAAUUUUAUAAAUUUUGUGUGCACUUAUUUAUGUGGAUACUGGUCGUGUCAAGCGUCAGCGUAUGAAAGUAACUGGGACAGAACCAUCUGUGGAUCCCAAAAUAUAGUUGACAUCGUAAAGACUGAUCAGUUCAUUUUCUUGUGGUGGUAGGUCACGCCUCCACCUAUCACUGAACGAGUAUAGGGUAUGCACCACAUUCGUACCGCGUUAGGCAAAGGCGACCCAUUUAUGCAUUAAUGAUUGGACUCCACAGAUUCUUGAAUGGUUACUACUUCAAAUUGCCCGAUAUGGGAGUUUAUGAUCGACGCAUCAAAAAGCGCUCGAUAUUUGAUUGAAGUGAUGCUACUUCACGCACCUAUUGCUUCCUCUUUAUUAGUCAUUGAACUAAUUUUUUCUGAGUUCUUGCUAACCUUUACCAGGUUUUGGUGGUUAUGCACAGACUCUACCUUUUGUUCUAGGUAGAUGUACAGUAAUCAUUAGACUGUUAUUAAACGAGCGGUUCUAUUUGUGAAGGACUACGACUGACUUACUGGAGAGUGGAGAUUUUUAAUUUACUAGGAAUGUCUACUAAUGGUUGAAUGAAAUGAAAUCUUGUAUAAACGUACACGGAAAUCGUGGUGGGGAAGGAAAGAAGAAAUGAUACAAAGUAUGCAAAUUCCCGAGAAUUUGACAGUGUUAUAGGCCGUGCGCUUUAGGAUAUUCAAAUUAUAUGCAUUCUUUCAAAUUUUAUGUGAUAUUCAUUGAAUUUUCUUGUGGCGUACACUUCGCUCAAGUGUAACUUAUGUUAUUUUAAACAAUUAAGCUGCAUUUGUGAUUAUGGCGAAAUGUGCAAUCAGAUAUGAGUGUUGCUGCUUCAACGUAAUUAAUUUUCUGUCUCAUUCUGUUUACACAUUUAGCCAGACAAUAGGCCACUUUAUGGGUUCACUUUUCUGCUCCACCACCGAGGUUGUGACAAACAGCAGCCAAAUAAAUGAUAAAAGUAGAACUCACGCAGAAAAGUAGAUAUCCAUAUUGUGGCCCGGGUAACACAGAAAUGGUGUGAUGCAUGUGAUACGAAUGACGGCAGAGUAGUGUAUUCUUGUUAAAGCUUAUUAUAAUUAUUAAAGAAUACCAUAGCUUUUCAACCACUUCAUUUUAUCUAUGUUUGCUGCUUUUAUAUUUUCAAAAGCCGUUCUUAUGCUCGUGUUUAUAGGUAUCCGACUAUAGGGUCAUGGAGGGAAAAUGAGCAAUAGUUAUCAUCUUUGCAGUCAAACCUUUAAGAGACUGGUAGAGUAGACUGGGUUCCUGUUUUUUUAAAUGAAAUAAGCCGUAGAAAUUGUCUGAGUUAUCAUCAGACAAUAUUUCCUGCCGAGGAAAAGGUUUGCCCUGGUCAUCGUGCCUGUGUUGAUAUCCAGUGGCAGAUAUGUUGUUAUCAACUUUGUACUAAAUUUGAAACGUGAGUGGAUAUGUACGUGCUGGUAUAUUAUGUGGUCUCUGUGCCCAAGGCACUGUUGCACUUCUUUUAAACUUUUGUAUGCCAUUUUAAUUUUGUUUCCUCGACGCUCGACUUCCAGGAAAUCUUCAUAUUGUAACUUUAUACCAUAUCUGGAUUCUUUUAGUACUGUACGCUCAGAAACUGAAUAUUCCGAAAACACUAAGUAGCAACACUAAAGAAACUGUAAAACUACUAGCUUUCACAUCUGUUUUGUGUCUUUCUUAUAUCAUUCGAUACAACUGCUGAUGUUUAUCUUGCUGGAAAUGACAUGUAGAAUAACUUGGUAUACUUAACGAAUUUAAGUAGAAGUUCAACUAUUGCUGGGACUUUUUAAUUCUUCUUUCAUUUAUUAACAAAACAUUCGUUGUUUAGUUUUUUAUGUACAAAAUAUUUCACAUUUAUUAUACUUGUUACAUAAUGUAUAAUUUCUCUGGCAUUCAUUAGCAUGAAAAGCUUCUUUGGGCCUGGGAUCUGUCAGUUUUUAAAUAAUUGCUACUUACUCGAAAAAAAUCAGGUUUUCCAAAAAUAUCGGCUUUGAAAAAGAAUUUACUCUUGUCUUCCCUGCCUUGUUCGUACGGGCAGAAAAUUUUGGUAUGCCUGGUUUCAUGAAGCUAUGUGUAACAAAAACAGCCAGUUUGGUUUCGUUUGAAUAAAAAUUCGAGUGGUAAAACCAGAGAAGAAGCACUUCGUUAACCAGUUAUGACGUGGCACGUGGCAGCCUUGAAAAUGUUGUGCGAAAGAUUUUGUCAGCCAUAGCUUAUUUAUUGAUUAUACAUUUGAGAUACCUUAGCCUCUAAGAAUGCUUCUAGUCAAUGUGAACAAUCUAAUUUGCUUCUUAAAAAUAACAGUAUUGAGUUUUAAUAUCUGACAGAUGAGCGUUAGAACUAACGAACAAAAUAAAGAUCACGGUGAAACCUUGA